AUGGAUGUUCACACUAGCAAGAAUACCGACUCCACUAAUCCCUCUUCUGUCGCACGUUCAGAGGGACAGUUCUUCUCCAGUGUUACAGAUGGUGGUGAGAGAAAUAUGAGUGCCUAUCUCGAUCAAUCUGAUGAAAUCGCACUUGAUUAUCCCGACUGGGAUGAUAAGAUCUUCAACGAGCGGCGGGGAGGGGGAAUUUUAGCUGUGUUACAAAUUUAG